AUGCUCUCGGACUCUACAUCCUCAGAUGUGCACAUCACUUCGACCGCUACAGUCUCAUCAAACUUGUCGUCAAUCGCAACUGCGUCUUAUCUGUCGAGCACCUCGCUUUCGCUUAACGCGACCAUUACCGUAUCCUCAUCUGACUCAUCGAAGCUGUCUACAACCUCUCUUUCGCUUAAUGCUACCGUUACUGCAUCUGCAUCUAACUCCUUCACACUUCUGACCAGCUCGGUCUCGCUUAACGCUACCCCAACUGCGCCUAUCGCACAAAACCCCACACUGUCGAGCACUUCCAGCGCCACCCCGACCCCAACUCCCGAGCCAAAGACUGGAUGGUACGAGGGUUGCUACGUUGAUGGAGUUGGUGGACGCUCGCUUCCCCAGGGCAGUGCUGUGCAAGGCCAAAUGACGAACGAGAAGUGUCGCGACGCCUGCCGCGCAGCGGGCUUCGUUCUCGCUGGCACGGAUUAUAGUGGCGAGUGUUACUGCGGAAAUACACUCGUGGCUGGCGAUGCUCCUGCACCCGAUAGGGAGGCCCGGUGCAACAUGUCUUGUAAUGGCAACCAGACCGAGAUUUGCGGUGGCCCCAACCGUAUCUCGCUCUUCCGCUACUACUUGGGUAACGAACCUCCGCCAUCGUCAACUACAGUAUCCUCUUCGAGCGUCGCCCAGUAUUUACCGGUCUUCCGGAUGGUUUUCGAGUACAAGGGAUGUUACGACGGAUCCGGCUACCGUGUGAUGCAAAACCAACAGCCCGAUGAUCAAUAG